AUGGCCAACAAACAGGCCUUGAUGGCCGAGGAAGGAAAGUCGAGUCAAAAAAAAUUCAUCAUUUUCAAUGGUGAAAAAGUGAUUUUUGAAUUGGAACCGAAAGCCGUUGGCUUGACCAAAGACCAGCUCGAGAAGUAUCGAAAUGAUCCGUUCUGGAAACCGGUUCGGACCAUCCUCUUCAUCCUAUUCUGGUUAGCAUGGCUUGGAAUGUUUGCCGGUGCCAUACUCAUCGUCGUUUUGUCACCAAAAUGUGCCGAAAAACAAAAGCCCGAAUGGUGGCAGACCAAGGUCUCGUAUCAGCUACUCACUCCGACUUUCUUCGAUACCGACAACGAUGGCGUUGGAGAUUUCCGUGGUGUCAGUGCGAAGAUCGAUCUUCUUCGAAAAAUCGGAAUCACAACGAUAUAUCCAAGCCCAGUGAUCGAAAUCGAGAAGGAUGACUACUUCAACUCGUACAAUGUCAUCGAUCACAUGGCAGUCGACAAACGGUUCGGUACCGAGGAACAUUUCAAAGAACUUAUCGAUGCGGCUCAUAAUAGAGAGAUGUACGUCGUAAUGGAUCUACCAGUGUCGUCCGUGUCCUCUCAACAUCCAUGGUUCCGUGAUGGAGAAACAGAUGUUUUUGUAACAGCUACUGCAGGCACAGCAGCCUACAACCAACCCAACUUCCAUCCAUUCCCUAACGUGAACUCGACAAAGUACCUUGGCUAUCCGACAGAGUCGAAUCCCGUACUGAAUUGGUCAAGCGAAAAAGUGAAAUUAACAAUCUAUGAAGCAAUCAAAAAAUUUUUGCUGCUCGGUAUUGACGGCUUCCAUAUCGAUCACGUCAGUCAGCUAGCCGUCGAUGACCUGGGGAAACCUGAUCAUGACGCGGCGAUUGAUGUGCUGAAAGGGUUGACGUCGUCGAUCAAGCAAUUCAUUGAGUCUCAUGAUGAUUUGCGCGAGAAGAAGAUCGUGCUGUUCUCAUCACUUCGUGACAUCGAGGAUCUUCAUGCCAAAGCAAAAGAGACUGGUGAUCUUCAUUAUGUUAUCGACAACACAUUCACUUCGUUAUCAACCGAGAAAUGCUCGAAUGGAGUAGCGGCCUGCGUUCACAAUGCUCUCAACGACGCAUAUUCGAGACACCAGGUCGACUCAUUCACUCCUUAUUGGCAAUUUUCGAAUCCAGAUAGCAGCAGGCUAGCGUCUCGAUUCGAUGCUGAAACAGCCAAUUUGCUCACUUUCAUGCAGCUAACCCUCCCUGGAGCACUGUCACUCUACUAUGGGCAAGAACUUGGCUUGGCGAACGUUGGCCAUCCACCAAGUCCUCGUGGUGUAAUGCAGUGGAAACCAUCUGGUGAUGAUCACCAUGGAUUCCUUUCGUCAAGCGAAGCAAACAUCGGAAAGCUAUUUUUCGCCGAAAGUGACAGCACCGAUGAGCAGGAUAAUUACGAGACACAAUUUGCUCAAGAGAACUCUCCCCUGAAAGUCUACCAGAAGCUUGCCAAAAUGCGCCAACGUGAUGAAGCCCUAAUUGUUGGCAGUACGAUACGACACACCGUAGAAGGCGAUGCUGUCAUCUACUCACGAUACGUCAAGGGUGAUAAUGGCACCUGUAUUGGACAUGCAUUCGUGAUCACGUUAAACUUUGGCUCGGACGUGGUUUCAGUCGAUUUAUCUCACCUGAAAGACACCGAACUCCUUCCGGUGAACAAAGACCUGGCCAGGGCUGAGGUAUGCCGAGUGUUUUGA